GGAAUCAUUCUGGGGCUGGUUUUGCGGUAGGUCUGCGCCGCGUGAAGGCGCAUACUUUCAGUUUGACAGCCCCGCGGCCGGAGCUUCGGUAUCCUCUGCUCUCGCUGUAUCACAAUGCCGAAGGUUCCAGCCUCGACGGAUGCGAUCUCGCGAGCGUCUCACCAGAACGGCAAUCAGGACGGAAUGCGUAGUCCUGAGGAAGACUGGUCUGGUCCAGAUAGUGAUGAACCUGUGGGCCAGAUUGGUUCCAAAGCGUCUCCCGGAUUGAAGAGGAAACGGCCUACCACUGUGUCGUGCGAACUAUGUAAACUGAGAAAGGUCAAAUGUGACCGUGCCCUGCCCAGCUGUGGAUGGUGCUCCAGGAAUAGGCAGCUAUGUGAGUACAAGGAGCGUAAGAAACCAGGCCUGAGGGCAGGAUACGGCAAAGAAUUGGAGCAGCGUCUUGAUAAACUCGAGGCUAUUAUACAGUCGCAAGGUCGUAUAAUCGAUACAUAUAUUCUCCAGAACCAGGCACGUCCCAACCACGAGUUCUUGGAUGGAGGUGCCCUUUCUUCUACAUCUCCUUCGGAACCGUCAGCAAUUCAUGAUCCCAGUCCGCGGGCCACCUUUUCGUUCCACGACCACGCAUCUCUAUCAAUUCCACCUGGGAAUAGUGAUGCCGGUUCCGCUAAUAAGGAGACAACUUUCAUGGCAAGUCCAGCAAAGACUUCAGUUGCCAAUGCAGUCCAACCUCAGAGACGAGACCAUAGACCAUCGUCGACGGAUCUACCACAGGCCAGUGAUAUACCUCAAGAUUACACCAAGAAUGACUCGUCUUUGGACGUCCCGCUAGAGAUAUUUUCUGACCAACGACAAUCCCUUGCGGAUCCAGACCUCGAUCUCCCGCCUUACGACCUGCUUUAUGCCUUGGUGGAUCUCUACUUCGAACACAUCAACGUCUGGUGUCCAAUCCUCCACCGUCGCACCACUCUUGACACCCUUUUUGGGCCAUCUCCUUUGCAGGAAGCAGAUCGUAUUGUUCUGUAUGCGAUUGUCGCCACGACACUUCGCUUUUCCUCCGAUACACGAUUGAAUGAGCGGAAUCGGAAACGAUACUACGAUUCCGCGAAGGAAAAGGUCCUUCUCUACGGUCUUGAGAACUCGUCUGUUCAAUCUCUCCAAGCGCUUGUGAUACUGGCGUUGGACUUUGUCGGCUCAUCGAAUGGUCCACCUGGAUGGAAGCUGCUUGCACUAAUUGCGCGCUCAGUGGUCCAGUUAGGGCUGGCAGUUGAGUCUGGGUCGGUAUUGAUCUCGUCUGUCUAUCCAUCCAUAUAUACACUGCGAGCAGUCAUCCUCCCAGAGCCCGCCAACUGGAUCGAGGAUGAGGGCAGACGACGCCUCUUUUGGUCAGUGUACAUACUAGACCGUUACUCAACUAUAGCAACAGCAUUCGAUUUCGCGCUGGACGACAAGGACAUCGACCGCAGACUACCGUGCAAAGAUGAAUUCUUCUCCAGGAACCAACCAGUCGAGACCAGAAGCUUUCAUCGUCAUCAUAGUCGCACGGACUAUGUGACCAGCCAGUCUCGACAUGUCGGCUGGUUCGGGUUCUACGUCGACAUUCUGGGUAUCCUUUCUCGGAUCCAUAUUUUCUUAAAACGGCCGGUAGAUAUCAGUUCUCUGUCGGACGUCGAGGAAUGGCAGUCUACGUAUCGCAAGCUCGAUAACGAGAUAACUUCGUGGGAGUUUAGCCUUCCGGCGGAAUAUGCCCUCGAGAACGGGUCCCGGUUGUUCACAGCCGCUCGAUCCAGCAGGAAGAUCCAUUGCGGCUGGGUGAUGCUGCACGCGGCAUAUCAAACCGCUGUCAUCCGGCUACACUCGUCAGCAGCAUACCCGACCACCCGCUCUCCCAUAUUCACACCCUCCUACGGCGCCAGCCAACAAUGUCUUAUGGCAGUCGACAACAUCCUCUCACUGAGCCGAUUUGUCCUGAACAACAACAUGCUCGACAGGCUCGGUCCUCCCUUCGCAUUCAGUCUCUGGGUCUCGGCACGCCUUCUCCUCGUCCAUGGCUCAACCAUCGCUCACACCGUCAGUCCAGACAUCGUCUUCUUCGUCGACACCCUCUCCCGCAUGGGCAAGUAUUGGAAAGUCGCAGAGCGAUACAGCACCAUCCUCCAACGCGUCCUCGACGAGUACCGCGAAUAUCAACAAUCCGCUGAAAUCGACAGUGAUCGCAGCACUCCUUCCUCUGUCAAAAUCCUCGCAGAUAUGCGCCGCUGUGCGUUCGAUCUUGAUUUCUUAAUAUCACGACAACCGCGCACGUCGCCAUCUUCUUCGUCGUCGUCCUCAUCCUUCCCUAUGCCCAACAACGCAAUACCAACAGACCCGUCCAUGAUAAAACAUCCAAUAACGCGAAACCCCGCCCCGAACGAACUCGAGUACCUCGACGUGUUUGGCUUCUUCAACGUUCCCCGCAUCCCCAUCCUACCGAUGGAAGACGAGCCAUCAACAACCACGACAACAAACAUGAACCUCACCAACAACACAAAUGAUAAUAUCACCAAUAGCAAUCCAAUAUCGAUCCCCGGUCUCACAGCAGCAGAAACAAAUACCACAUCCACCGCACCAACAGGCGCAGAAACAGGAACUGGGACAGGGACAACAACGCCUCAUCCACACGGAAACGAAUUCAAUAUCACGAAUUAUCUCAUCCCGACUCCUGAAACGGAUUGGUUAUUUCGAUGAACAAUAAAAUCAAAGAUUGAUCAUAAAAUUAUUUAAAUGACUCGACUGGAGAAGCAAGUCAGUUUCGACUCUCAUAUAUGUAUUUGUACAGUACACAUUUUUUUAUUUUUAUUUUUAUAUAUUUAUUCAUUUUUCGUUGAUGGGGGGGUUUUUUUUAAUUUUUUUUUAUUUCGCGGCUGGAAAUCCGUGAAUGUCUCUUUCAAGAUGUCUAUUAUUAUAUCAUACUUGUCGACGAUGGUUAACUACCCACAUCUUUCUCCAACUUUACUCCAUAACUUACUCCACAGCUCGGUUCGGAGAUCAUGUCAUGUCAUUAUUUCAUUUACGGAGCAACUACGGAUAAGGAUACGGAUAAAAUCAAGAUAACCCCACCUCAACGUCAAUGCGAUUACGUGAUGAUUAUCUUGCUACCUACAAUGACA